CCCGGAGUUGUGGUUCCCACGGCCUCUUGGGCAGGCGCCAGUGCUGAGCUCAGAGUUUCCGUGCAGAGCAGCUCGUUCACACGCCAGAGGCUGAGGGAGGAUGGCCCUGAGGGUCCUGCGCCAGGGCAGGGCUGUGGGACCACAGGGGCUUAGAGAGCCCCACACUAGGACCCACAUCUCCCACCCAGAGGACCUGGCUAUAAGGUGGUAGGGCAGGAGAGCCCCUUCCCUACAGGGGAAAGGUGACACUUGUCUCUGUGUCUCUCUUUGAAGGGGCUGUGCCAGCCUGCUGGAAACCACAGCUCCCUGGGGACCGGCAGGGGUGGAGCACAGCAGGGGGACGAGGCGGAGUGCAGUCCCCAGCCAGGGUGGGUGGGACCACCGAGCCAAAACACAGCUCAGAGCUGGUCACAGCACAGCGCUGUGGUGGUACAGAGCAGCCGAGCCCCCGGAGAGCCAGCGGCCACCGCGGCCAUCCUGCCCCUGCCCCGUUGUCACGGGGUGUGAUGGCACCCGGCAGAAGGGAUGCGAGCCGCGGGCGGGGGGCAGUGGGAACGUGUGCCACAGCCCAGGCUGCCCUCUGCAAGGCCGCGGCCGGACACCAUCAGCUGGUGCUGCAGCUCGGGGGGAGCGGGGACGGCCCCCGGCUGCGAGAGGAGCGCCGCAGGAGGAGCGCAGAGGCCUGUGAGCUCAGCAAGGGGCUGCGGCGGACGCUGCUGGCGGGGCUGCGGCAGGGCCCGGCCAGCCCUCGGGAGCGGCAGGAGCUGGAGCGGCUCUGGGUGCUCUUCCUCUCCGCCCUGGAGCUCUUCCUGCAGGACCUGUACAGAGCCCAGCACCUCUGCCAGCUCUUCUCCGUGCAAGGGGGUGAUGUGGCCCCUCUGCGCACUGGGCUGGGGGGCUGGGGGCUGCCCAGCCGGAGAGGAGGGGGUCCCACACAGCCCCCCACCACCCAGAGCUUGGAGGAGGAGAUCGAGCAGGUGAGGGCCACGCUGGCAGAGAUGGAGAGCGGAGCCAACAUUCCACCGUGGACAGUGGAAGCCACAGAGACCACACAGCCGGCAGAGACAGGCGGCACCGCAGAGAGAGCGGCCUGGGGAGGCGCCUGUGCUGGGCACUGCUGUGGGGUGCUCUGACCUGGGGGGCAGGAGAGGUGGCACCCCUGUCACAGAGCAGGGGACAGAGGUACCCCUACAGAUCUCAACCCCUGCCCUUACAGGUGAUGGUGGGAGCUGCUCCCACCCUGUAGACAAAAUGGGAUAUAUACUGAUAAACUCCUGUUACCCUACAGGGGUCACUAUCCCUUCCACCCUUCCUGCCCACACUUGCAGAGGGUCCUCUAGGCACUCAGAGUAUGCUAGAGCUGCCACAGAAUCCCCUGCAGAAGUUAUAAACCUGCAUUUAUUCAUUUAUUUAUACAUUAA